AUGUCAGUUGUGUAAAUUGCUCUGUGGUGUGGUGUUAAAAUGUGCUCCUCAUUUCAGGUGCCACAUCCGUGUGAUUGACACCUUCGGGACAGAGCCGGCCUACAACCACGAGGACUACGCCACCCUGCACGGCUACAGGACCAACUGGGGCUACUGGAACCUCAACUCCAGACAGUACAUGACUAUGUUCCGUAAGUAUACAUCAAUAUGUAUACAAAUCUGUACCUAUCCACCUGGCUAUAAUACACCCACAAUACAAGCCAAAACACUCAGCAUUGUAAUGCUAUGGAUACCUUCAGAAUCCACCUAGCUUUAGCACACCUGCUAUAGAAAUGGAACCACUUACCAUUGUAAUGCAGUACUUUAGCAUACAGACAGCUUUUUGAAUAGCCACACUUACACUACCUUUUUGAAUUAGCAUAUUAUAAUCAGACCGAGGCACAGGUCAUAUCAAUAUCAGUGGCACCUCUUCACAUUUCACUGAGGAUAUUGUUUAGCUCAAGUUCAAAUGAGAUGAGGGUCUAUACCUGGGUUUUCUAUCUCUUCUCUCCCUGCUGUAUCUGUCUCACUCUUUUCCCCCCCUCACUCUGCCCUUCCCCUCACUCUGCCCUUCCCCUCCUCCCUCUCUCUCACCCUUCUCUCCUCCUCUCCUCAGCCCACACUCCAGACAACUCGUUCAUGGGCUUUGUGUCUGAGGAGCUGAACAACACGGAGAAGAGGAGCAUCAUGCAGAACAAGGUCAACAACAUGGCCGUGGUUUACGGCAAGGAGGCCAGCAUGUGGAAAGUACGCAUAACACACACACACAAACACACACACACACACACAGUCCGCUCACAGAGAGGCCUGGGUUCAAAUAAUAUGUAUUAUUUCAAAUACUUUAGCUGUACUUGAUUUAGCUUGCCCGAUGCAAUGGGAUAGUCCCAAAAGUGCAAACCCCGCCCACCUGGCGAUCCAGGCAGGCUCAAGCAAAUACUUAACGUACUUGAAAGAUUUCCAAUACUAUUUGAACCCAGGUCUGCGUGCAGAGAGAUAAUUAUCCCACUCGAAUAGAAAGUUAUAAGUAGUUGGGUAAAGUGCCGGGGGGGUCAAAUCUUUUUAGAUUUGAGUAGAAUCAUUAAAAUUCCCUUCAUGAAUAAAGCAUAUCUGAUCUUUAAUCUAGAGAUGUUUUAUGUUGUCCAGCUCAUACUUUAAAUUGCACCCUUAACAUCCAUGUGCUCUUAGAAUUAAUAGUUAGGCAUUUGUAUUAAAAUGGAUUUGACGUUUAAAAAACAUAUAGAUGAGCUGGUUAAGAAGCUAAGAUUUAAAGUUGGCUUUUUCUACAGAAACAGAUUUUGCCUUUCUCUAAGCAGUAGGAAUCAGAUUAUUCAGUCAACCUUUUUAUCUGUUCUUGAAUACGGUGAUAUUAUUUAUCAAAGUGCAGCUGCUACUACUCUUAAACCUUUGGAUGCCAUCUACCAUAGUGCCCUUUGUUUUGUUACAGGUGACAGUUUUGAUACUCGUCACUGUAUCCUGUAUCAAAAGGUUGGCUGGACUUUGCUAAAGACCAGUAGAUCUUACAUUACUCCCUUUUUCUUUCCAAGGCCAUACUUCAUAAACUUUCGUCUUAUCUAACUUUGCUGUGUGAAGUAUAGACACCUGAGUUGCCUAAUCCGUUCACAGGAUUGGUUAACUCUUGAGGUUCCUAGGGUCUCCACCGAGCUAGCUAAAUCUGCUUUUAGUUUUAAUGCACUGUAUUGCUGGAACAAAAUUCUAAAUACAUUUCAUCUUGAUGUUCUGGUGCCGUUCGGGCAAUUUAAAGUAUUGGGGAUUUAUUUAUGGAGGAAUGCAACUGUUUUUCUAGGUGAUUUGUGAUGUUUUAUUUGUGCUUAGCAUGACUGUGUUUUUCUAUUUUAAUGUGUGUAUAUGCAAUAUACAGUGGGGAAAAAAAGUAUUUAGUCAGCCACCAAUUGUGCAAGUUCUCCCACUUAAAAAGAUAAGAGAGGCCUGUAAUUUUCAUCAUAGGUACACGUCAACUAUGACAGACAAAUUGAGGAAAAAAAUUCCAGAAAAUCACUUUGUAGGAUUUUUUAUGAAUUUAUUUGCAAAUUAUGGUGGAAAAUAAGUAUUUGGUCACCUACAAACAAGCAAGAUUUCUGGCUCUCACAGACCUGUAACUUCUUCUUUAAGAGGCUUCUCUGUCCUCCACUCGUUACCUGUAUUAAUGGCACCUGUUUGAACUUGUUAUCAGUAUAAAGACACCUGUCCACAACCUCAAACAGUCACACUCCAAACUCCACUAUGGCCAAGACCAAGAGCUGUCAAGGACACCAGAAACAAAUGGUAGACCUGCACCAGGCUGGAAACUGAUCUGCAAUAGGUAAGCAGCUGGUUUGAAGAAAUCAACUGUGGAGCAUUAUUAGGAAAUGGAAGACAUACAAGACCACUGAUAAUCUCCCUCGAUCUGGGCUCCACGCAAGAUCUCACCGUGGGUCAAAAUGAUCACAAGAACGGUGAGCAAAAAUCCAGAACCACCGGGGGACCUAGUGAAUGACCUGCAGAGAGCUGGGACCAAAGUAACAAAGCCUACCAUCAGUAACACACUACGCCGCCAGUUCGGGGACACCAAGUUUAACACAGGUUCAAACAGGUGCCGUUAAUACAGGUAACGAGUGGAGGACAGAGGAGCCUCUUAAAGAAGAAGUUACAGGUCUGUGAGAGCCAGAAAUCUUGCUUGUUUGUAGGUGACCAAAUACUUAUUUUCCACCAUAAUUUGCAAAUAAAUUCAUUAAAAAUCCUACAAUGUGAUUUUCUGGAUUUUUUUUUCUCAAAUUGUCUGUCAUAGUUGAUGUGUACCUAUGAUGAAAAUGACAGGCCUCUCUCAUCUUUUUAAGUGGGAGAACUUGCACAAUUGGUGGCUGACUAAAUACUUUUUUUCCCCCACUGUACAUCAACAUGGAUUAUCACUCAUUACUAUUACAACACAAUGGAUGGUUGCAGAGACUAUGAUUAAAGGCACCAUCUGUAAGAUUUCCUAGUCUCAGAUUGUUGAUUCAGUAUACCACAGUAUUGGACACAAAAGUCAGCAUUAUACUAUAGCGAUUCAGGGGGAGGGGUGCGAGGGUUCGAGGCAAAGCACGACCCAUGAAGCUGUCAGCAAACAUUAGGUGUUUUGGGAAGAGGGCGUCAAUUAGGACCUGAAUAGAGCCAUAUGCUUUUUGGGGGCUCCAAUGUUAUUUGCUGUUGGAAAAUGGCCUAUUAAAAAGGUUAGUUCACUAUUGUUGAAUACCAAGUCCCAUACUACUGAUGGGAGAGUUAGGAGGGAGACGGGAGGGAUCAUUAGGCGGGAUCGUUAGGAGGCCACAGUGAUAGGAGAGUUAGGAGGGAGUUAGGAGGGAUCGUUAGGAGGCCGCAGUGAUGGGAGAGUUAUGAGGGAUUGUUAGGAGGCCACAGUGAUGGGAGAGUUAGGAGGGAUCGUUGGGAGGCCACAGUGAUGGGAGAAUUAGGAGGCCACAGUGAUGGGAGAGUUAGGAGGGAUUGUUAGGAGGCCACAGUGAUGGGAGAGUUAGGAGGCUACAGUGAUGGGAGAGUUAGGAGGCCACAGUGAUGGGAGAGUUAGGAGGCCACAGUGAUGGGAGAGUUAGGAGGCUACAGUGAUGGGAGAGUUAGGAGGCCACAGUGAUGGGAGAGUUAGGAGGCUACAGUGAUGGGAGAGUUAGGAGGCCACAGGGAUGGGAGAGUUAGAAGGCUGCAGUGAUGGGAGAGUUAGGAGGCCACAGUGAUGGGAGAGUUAGGAGGCCACGGUGAUGGGAGAGUUAGGAGGCCGCAGUGAUGGGAGAGUUAUGAGGGAUUGUUAGGAGGCCACAGUGAUGGGAGAGUUAGGAGGGAUCGUUGGGAGGCCACAGUGAUGGGAGAGUUAGGAGGCCACAGUGAUGGGAGAGUUAGGAGGGAUUGUUAGGAGGCCACAGUGAUGGGAGAGUUAGGAGGCUACAGUGAUGGUAGAGUUAGGAGGCCACAGUGAUGGGAGAAUUAGGAGGCCACAGUGAUGGGAGAGUUAGGAGGCCACAGUGAUGGGAGAGUUAGGAGGCCACAGUGAUGGGAGAGUUAGGAGGCUACAGUGAUGGGAGAGUUAGGAGGCCACAGGGAUGGGAGAGUUAGAAGGCUGCAGUGAUGGGAGAGUUAGGAGGCCACAGUGAUGGGAGAGUUAGGAGGCCACAGUGAUGGGAGAGUUAGGAGGCUACAGUGAUGGGAGAGUUAGGAGGCCACAGUGAUGGGAGAGUUAGGAGGCCACAGUGAUGGGAGAGUUAGGAGGCCACAGUGAUGGGAGAGUUAGGAGGCUACAGUGAUGGGAGAGUUAGGAGGCCACAGUGAUGGGAGAGUUAGGAGGCUACAGUGAUGGGAGACUUAGGAGGCUACAGUGAUGGGAGAGUUAGGAGGCCACAGUGGGACACAGUCUGAUUCCACCAAUUAUAGAGCCCUGGUCUUGACUAUCUGACUGGCUCUGCUUUUCAUAGCAUGUCUUUGAGCUGACUGAGCACUUGACUUUACCCACCCUCUCUCACUCCAUCCUCCACAGUACCACUUAGCAUCGCUAUCUAUUCUGCACCACCAGUACAAAUGAUCACUCAUUUGUUGCUGAGAAUUUUCCAGCACAGAAGGAAAUGUAAACAUGUAAUGUAUUCAAGAUUUAAAAAGGCUACUAAAGUUUGUCAUUCCCAUUUAAAAUGUCAGACUUGAUUUGCUCUGACGAAAAGUGUAUCAACCCCUACAAAAAAAUGUCCAUUAAUUAUAAUCCACAUAAUAAUUCACAUUUCCUGUUGUGGCAGGAUUAUUUUCCUGCUGUAGCAAACUGGCUCAAUUUAAGAUCCUACAUCUCUACCUAUCCACCUGGCUAUAAUACACCCACAAUAAAAGCCAAAACACUCAGCAUUGUAAUGCUAUGGAUGCCUGCAGAAUCCACCUAGCUUUAGCACACCUGCUAUAGAAAUGGAACGCUGGACUUUAGCAUACAGACAGCUUUUUGAAUAGCCACACUUACAAUACCUUUUUGAAUUAGCAUAUUAGAUUCAGACCGAGGCACAGGUCAUAUCAAUAUCAGUAGCACCUCUUCACAUUUCACUGAGGAUAUUGUUUAGCUCAAGUUCAAAUGAGAUGAGGGUCUAUACCUGGGUUUUCUCUCUUCUCUCCCUGCUGUAUUUGUCUCACUCUUUUCCCCCCCUCACUCUGCCCUUCCCCUCACUCUGCCCUUCCCCUCCUCCCUCUCUCUCACCCUUCUCUCCUCCUCUCCUCAGCCCACACUCCAGACAACUCGUUCAUGGGCUUUGUGUCUGAGGAGCUGAACAACACAGAGAAGAGGAGCAUCAUGCAGAACAAGGUCAACAACAUGGCCGUGGUUUACGGCAAGGAGGCCAGCAUGUGGAAGGUACGCAUAACACACACACACAAACACACACACACACACACAGUCGGCUCACAGAGAGAUCUGGAUUCAAAUAAUAUGUAUUAUUUCAAAUACUUUAGCUGUACUUGAUUUAGCUUGCCCGAUGCAACGGGAUAGUCCCAAAAGUGCAAACCCGCCCACCUGGCGAUCCAGGCAGGCUCAAGCAAACACUUAACGUACUUGAAAGAUUUCCAAUACUAUUUGAACCUAGGUCUGCGUGCAGAAAGAUAAUUAUCCCACUCACAUAGAAAGUUAUACGUAGUUGGGUAAAGUGCCGGGGGGUCAAAUCUUUUUAGAUUUCAGUAGAAUUAUUAAAAUUACCUUCAUGAAUAAAGCAUAUCUGAUCUUUAAUCUAGAGAUGCUUUAUGUCAUCCAGCCCAUACUCUAAAUUGCACCCUUAACAUCCAUGUGCUCUUAGAAUUAAUAUUUAGGCAUUUGUAUUGAUAUGGAUUUGACGUUUAAAAAACAUAUAGAUGAGCUGGUUAAGAAGCUAAGAUUUAAAGUUGGCUUUUUCUACAGAAACAGAUUUUGCCUUUCUCUAAGCAGUAGGAAGUAGAUUAUUCAGUCAACCUUUUUAUCUGUUCUUGAAUAUGGUGAUAUUAUUUAUCAAAGAGCAGCUGCUACUACUCUUAAACCUUUGGAUGCCAUCUACCAUAGUGCCCUUUGUUUUGUUACAGGUGACAGUUUUGAUACUCCUCACUGUAUCCUGUAUCAAAAGGUUGGCUGGACUUUGCUAAAAACCCGUAGAUCUUACAUUACUCCCUUUUUCUUUCCAAGGCCAUACUUCAUAAACUUUUGUCUUAUCUAACUUUGCUGUGUGAAGUAUAGACACCUGAGUUGCCUAAUCCGUUCACAGGAUUGGUUAACUCUUGAGGUUCCUAGGGUCUCCACCGAGCUAGGUAAAUCUGCUUUUAGUUUUAAUGCACUGUAUUGCUGGAACAAAAUUCUAAAUACAUUUCAUCUUGAUGUUCUGGUGCCGUUCGGGCAAUUUAAAGUAUUGGGGAUUUAUUUAUGGAGGAAUGCAACUGUUUUUAUAGGUGAUUUGUGAUGUUUUAUUUGUGCUUAGCAUGACUUUUUUUUCUAUUUUAAUGUGUGUAUAUGCAAUAUAUAUACUGAACAAAAAUAUAAACGCAACAUGUAAAGUGUUGGUCCUAUGUUUUAUUAGCUGAAAUAAAAGAUCCCAGAAAUGUUCCAUAUGCACAAAAAGCUUAUUUCUCUCACAUUUUGUGCACAAUUUUGUUUACAUUUUACAUUCACAUUUUAGUCAUUUAGCAGACGCUCUUUUUUUUCCCCCCGUGGGAAUGGUUUACAUCCCUAUAAGUGAGCAUUUCUCCUUUGCCAAGAUAAUCCAUCCACCUGACAGGUGUGGCAUAUCAAGAAGCUGAUUAAACAGCAUGAUCAUUAUACAGGUGCACCUUGUGCUGGCGACAAUAAAAGGCCACUCUAAAAUGUGCAGUUUUGUAUCACAACACAAUUCCACAGAUGUCUCAAGUUUUGAGGGAGCAUGCAAUUGGCAUGCUGACUGCAGGAAUGUCCACCAGAGCUGUUGCCAGAGAAUUGAAUGUUCAUUUCUCUACCAUAAGCCGCCUCCAACGUUGUUUUAGAGAAUUUGGCAGUAUGUCCAACCGCCUCUCAACCCAGGACCUCCACAUGCGGCUUCUUUACCUGCAGGAUCGCAUGAGACCAGCCACCUGGACAGCUGAUGAAACUGAGGAGUAUUUCUGAUUGGCUGGGCCUGGCUCCCAAGUGGGUGCCCAUUCAUGUGAAAUCCAUAGAUUAGGGCUUUAUUUAUUUAUUUCAAUUGACUGAUUUCCUUAUAUGAACUGUAACUCAGUAAAAUUGUUGAAAUUGUUGCAUGUUGCGUUUAUAUUUUUAUUCAGAAUAAUAUAUAUAUAUAUAUAUAUAUUAUAUUAUAUUUUGUGUUUAUAUUGUAUUAUAAAGGGCACAUUUGGAAAAGAGACCUAGGUCUCAAUAUGUCUUCCCUUUCAAAAUAAAGGUUACAUAUUUUGGGGGGAAUCAAUUCACUUGGCAAUUCAAGUCACACAGACCAGGCAAUAGAUAGAUAGAGACACACAGACAGACUCAAGAUGGAUGAGAAUCAUACCCUGUUAAACCAGCCCAUUUCCAUUUGCUGCGGUCAAGAACAAGAGGUUAAAUUCAUAUAAACUACUAGAGGAGUUACAAUCUCAUUCACAUUCUCAUCCACACUAUGUUAUCACACCCCUAUAAACACACACACACUUCUAACUCCCCCGGUAUUCACUACAGAGAUGUAACCAAUAGAACAGAGCUGUUAACUGCAUAACAGAUAAAACGAUCGACAUGCCAUGUAUCUACUAUCUAGAGAGGAUAUUACAUUUGGCACACAUGUGGAUACAUUUGACAGAAUCAUACAGCUUUAAUUCGCAGCCAAUUUUCCCUUCAAAGGCAGACUGGUUGUUCACAGUGCAUAUUCGAUGAGGGAGAGACUCAAACUGGAUUUUGUUUCAAGCAUUAUGAAGACGUAGCUUAGCUGUAGCUUUUUUCCCUCUCUGCUUCUGUUUGCAAGCGGCAAUUCCCAUGGAUUUUUAUUCAAUAGUUGAGUCUUGUAUCGCGAGACGAGACAGAAGAUGUUUUAGAAAUUGUGUGUGAAUAUUGAGCAAUUGCCGCUUUAUAGGAACAGAAGGAGGAAAAUGUAAUACAUGACAGAUAGAGUUGAAUAUUUAUUUUUUCUUUCUCUUGUCUUUCCUUAACUCAAUCCCUAUUCCCUUCCGUAUUCUUCUCUCCUCUCUUCUUUGACACUUCUUCAACACUUCUCUUCUCUCCUAUCCCCUCCUCUCUUCUUUGACACUUCUUCAACACUUCUCUUCUCUCCUAUCCCCUCCUCUCUUCUUUGACACUUCUUCAACACUUCUCUUCUCUCCUAUCCCCUCCUCUCUUCUUUGACACUUCUUCAACACUUCUCUUCUCUCCUAUCCCCUCCUCUCUUCUUUGACACUUCUUCAACACUUCUCUUCUCUCCUAUCCCCUCCUCUCUUCUUUGACACUUCUUCAACACUUCUCUUGUCUCCUAUCCCCUCCUCUCUUCUUUGACACUUCUUCAACACUUCUCUUCUCUCCUAUCCCCUCCUCUCUUCUUUGACACUUCUUCAACACUUAUCUUCUCUCCUAUCCCCUCCUCUCUUCCCCCCAUGCGUCUCUCCAUUGCAUCUUGAUGGAUCAUAUAUUCUACUACAGCUCCAGGUAAGACUCUUCUCAGUCGAACACACCAGCCCCGUUCCCUCUCUUUUAAACCUCCUUUCACACAUUCAGUUCAUCAUUUCCUCCAUGAUCACAUACCUACUAAUACACAAUAUAGACUCUUGUGAAUGUCAGUUUGACCUAGCAUAAAGUUGCUAUCAAAAUGUCACUGUGGCUUCCUUUCCCUUUCCUUCUAGAAAUGUUUUAUUUAGAGAUAAUGGUAAAUUGACAAGACAUAAGUGGUUUGAAUAGUCCACUGCUAAUCUUAGCCUGCAGCUGUCUGUGAUGAGAGAGAGAGAAAAAGAUAGAGAGAGAGAUAAAUGAAUUAUUCGACUGGGAAGCUGUGUGGUGCCACAGAUGUCUUUCUGAAUAUUGAAUACUGGGCGAGAGACUAGGACAUCUGGUCCAAUCAAAUAUACUGAAGCGUACCCAGACUUAACAUGUCCAUUUUAUGAAGUAGUGGUUCUAUCUAUCUCAACGCUCUCUAAACAGUUGUUUUUUGGGGGGUUGACUUCAGCUCUCUCUUUCUGUCACUUGAGACAAUUUGUUGAACAAAUCGAUAGUUCUUGCUUGCACUAUGUGGUAUUGGGCUUAGUCGUAUCAUGGAGACAUGAGUAGAGGAGAGGUGUGUGCUGGGUUUUUAAAGGAUAGUACUAGUAUUGAUUUCUGAAAUGUUAACCUCGGGAGUCGGGCCUGUAAGGCAGGCUAAAGCCAUAAACAAUAUUGUCAUGACUCCAUCUUGUAUUCCAAUGGGCAUAGGGGGGCUUCUUGUGCUUGUUGUCAAGGAUACCGCUCCUUGUCUUGGCAACCAGCCUCCUCAAAAUCAAGAGUGUUGGAGACGGAGAGAUGGGGAGUGAGUUGAAGAGGUAGAAAGAGAGAUGGUAACGGUUAGAGUGAAAUUGAGAGAAGUAUUUAGAGAGGAAGAUAGUUAUAGAAGUCUGCAGGUGCAGUGUGUUUUUUGGAGCCAUUAUGUUCAUGCCUUCCCUCCCCCACACACACACACACUUGCCCAUGCUGGCCUGUGUCAGUUCUCGCUUGCUGUGUGUGUGCAUGUGGGCUACCUGCUGGCUCUAUGUACACACUGCAGUGUGAUGAUGAGAUUCCAAGGGCUUUUUCCUGGUAAACCCACAGGGGAGAUGCUCAUACCUGUAUGUCACAGGGCUCGUGUUAAUGGCUUGAGCAGAAUUAGUGGAAUGGUAUCAAACACAUAUUUUCUAUGUGUUUGAUGCCAUUCCAUUCGCUCCGUUGCAGCCAUUAUUAUGAGCCGUCAAACAAACUCAAACCCACCACACAAAGUUCAGGUUGACUUCUAUUGUAUAAAUCAACCUUUCAUCGUCCCUGAGUCCCGGCCGUUUCUCACACUCUCGUAACCCAACCUUGCUCUAUUUGAACUGAUUCCUUAGAAUAGAGUCCAGGUUAGAUAAUUAGCAUUACUAACAUGGCUCGGGUCUGGCCCAGUCAAGCCAGGUCAAGGGUUAGCUAGCCUGAGCUAAGGCUGGGUUACAUCUGUGUGUGUGUUGUUCUCUCUCUGUUUCAUUGGCUCUAAUUCAUAGUGUCUGGUGCACUCAGAGCGUUGGCUAAUCUCCUAAUUGGCUGGGAAAAUCCUCAGAGGAAACCAUCGAUCGCAGCAGGCUAACAAUUACAGUACAGCCUACAUGGGGAGCACACAAUAGAACAGGGAUACAAUAAGCUUCUUAACAUCCAGGAAGCAGGAAGUCAAUAAGGAGACCUGGGCUGUGGUUGGUUCACAUUGGGGGAGGGCUUGUUUUGUUUUUCAGAUGUGGAGGGUAGCUAUGAGGCUAGCUAUGAGGCUAGCUAUGAGGCUAGCAAUGAAAGGGUGCCCAUGCUUACACACACACAGGCAAAGCGCGUGGAUGAACACACACACAUAUACACACACAAGCGCGCUCACACACACUCUCACACAUCUCCCACCUCAAAAUGCAUCCCCUUUAUUAUCAACAUCUUUGCACUUCUCACACCCACACAAACAACACAAAGCCUCCAUAUCCACUUAAGAUGCACUUUGUGUUGAAAGGUUGUGCCUCUCAGAAGAAAGAUGUACUGUUGCUCGGGCACAUGAAUGCACUGUAUAGAAUCAGGCAGAAAGCACAUCUGUUAUUGUGUGUUGAUGUGGUUUGCUUGUAUGCCUCAAUAGAUAUGCGUACUCCCUAUUUAUAAUCUAUUAAUUUCAAUGUAUGGGCAUAAUCUAUCCAUUUCAAUGUAUGGGCAUAAUCUAUCCAUUUCAAUGUAUGGGCAUUAUCUAUCCAUUUCAAUGUAUGGGCAUAAUCUAUCAAUUUCAAUAUAUGGGCAUAAUCUACUAAUUUCAAUGUAUGGGCAUAAUCUAUUAAUUUCAAUGUAUGGGCAUAAUCUAUCCAUUUCAAUGUAUGGGCAUAAUCUAUUCAUUUCAAUGUAUGGGCAUAAUCUAUUCAUUUCAAUGUAUGGGCAUAAUCUAUUCAUUUCAAUGUAUGGGCAUAAUCUAUUAAUUUCAAUGUAUGGGCAUAAUCUAUUAAUUUCAAUGUAUGGGCAUAAUCUAUUCAUUUCAAUGUAUGGGCAUAAUCUAUUAAUUUCAAUGUAUGGGCAGGCUUGCUGUUUUACAAAAUCUAUACUCCUAAGGCCCCAUUACUGCAUGAUGGAACGGUGGGGACUGUGAGAACACACACACAGACUCACACAGACACACUCUAACACACACAUUCGUGCUGUUAUUAUUAUUUAUUUUGUAUUGUUGUAUUUUAAAUGUGUGUGACUGUCCUUGUCUAUCAGUGUAUCAGUGUAUCAGUGUCAUGUUUUAUGUGGACCCCAGGAAGAGUAGCUGAUGCUUCGGCAAAAGCUAAUGGGCAUCCGACUAAACCACUGAAUAAACCAAUCAGAUAGGUAGAAGUGUGAGAGCUCCAUAGAUGGGUCAGAGACAGGGAUGUCAUAUCAGCCAGUAAGGAGAUGAGUGGAACUGGGUGGUGCUGGCUGGCUAAUGCUGUGCUCUGCUUCUGCUGCCCUCUGGGUGCCUGGAGUGGCACUGGCAGUCUGCCAGCAUCUUUGCCCUGCAUCCUUACAUGGAUGACUCGCUCCUCGCUCUCUGGCACUGGGAAGAGAUGCUAGAGGCCAAAUGUGUGUAAUGAGAAAGAGAGGGAUGGAGAGAGAGGGUGUUUGUGUGCGUACACGUACACAUGACUGUGUGGCGUGUGUGUGUGUUUGUAUGGUUGUGUGCAUCCUUGUGUGUGCAUGCGUGCCUGCGCUCGCACGUGUGUGCGUGUGCGCACGUGCGUGUGUGUAGGAAGCCCUGCCAGAUCCCUAGCACCUCACCUCAUUCAUAUUGAUGGCUCACGGCAGUGUGACACUGUGUGUCUCUUUUGGUUUCCUAAAGGGGCCUGUCACAUUAAACUUCCCGUGCUCACUAACAGGCCAUGGCUCUGCCUCGCUCUGUGUGAAGAUGCUGACGUUCACACAGCACACACACACACUCAGUGAAUGCACAACCUCUCAUACACACACACACAAACACUCAUACUGUAUUAUCACGCGGACACACACACUCAUUGGCACAUGUGUAUACUCAUAAACACACACACAGCCAUUAACACAACGCUAAUCAUCAUCCUCUGUCCCUCCUAUCUCCAUCUUCUCAUUCCCCCUCAUCUCAGCGGUCCAAUCUCCCUCUCCUUCCCUCUCACUCUUCCUCCUACUCUCUCCCAUCUCCACUCUUCUAUCCCUUAUCCCUCACUUCUCCUCCUCUCCCUCAUCUCCCCUCAUCCCCACUCACUUUCCUACUUGCACUUCUUCCCUUUCCUUCUCUCUCUCUCUCUUCCCUUCUCCCUGUCUAUCAGCAGGGUAAGGAGGGUUUCCUCCAGAUCCUCCACAGGUACAUGGAGGUCCACGGGACAGUGUACUACGAGACCCAGCGGCCCCCCGAGGUGCCUGCCUACGUCAAGAACCACGGCCUGCUGCCCCAACACGAGCUGCAGAUGCUGCUCCGCAAGGCCAAGGUGCUGGAACACACACACGCUCUAGAUGAUACACAACAUACACAAUAGGUAACACAAUACAGAUGUAGGAUCUUAAUUUGAUCACCCAGUUGCAGGAGAACCGUCCUGCAAUAAAGGAAAUGUAAGUGUAUUUGAGGUUUAAAAAGGCUUCUGAAGUUUGUAAUUUCCACUUUGAAAUUUCAGACUUGAUUUUCCCUUACGAUAUAUGUAUCAACCCCUACAAAAAUGUCCAUUAAUUAUAAUCCACAUAAUAAUUCACAUUUUCUGUUGCUGCAGGAUUAUUUUCCUGCUGUAGCAAAUUGGCUCAAAUUAAGAUCCUACAUCUGUACUUCCGCAAACACAUGCAGGCACCAUGCACACACACACUAGGUCCACACACAGUACUGUUGCACCAGCACUAACUACAACAGCAUCUACACAAGGCCAACACACAGUUACCUUCCAGUCCCUGCUGUAUCUGUAAAUGGCAGGAUUUUCAAUUGACAAGCAUUAAUAAAAUAGCUGGUGGUUAUCCUAACUAGUAUCAUCUUCGUCUCCCCCUAACAGCUCUUCAUCGGGUUUGGUUUCCCCUACGAAGGGCCCGCCCCUCUGGAGGCCAUAGCCAAUGGGUGCAUCUACCUGCAGCCCAAGUUCCACCCACCCCACAGCUCGCUCAAUCACGAGUUCUUUAGAGGCAAGCCCACGUCUAGAGAGGUGAGCUCCCGUUGGUCAACACCGUAUCUAGUACCACUCUUCAAUUGAAAAUUAACCAAUGAAAUUCAACAAACUACAUUCCAGAUUGUACACCAAAUGUGCCACUUGUACAUCACAGAAUAUUGCUUUAAACUGGAAUGUUCUACUAAUUCUAAUUCUAUACUCCAUCCCUCUCAGGUGUCGUCCCAGCACCCGUAUGCAGAGCAGUACAUCGGGCGGCCCCACGUCAUGACAGUAGACUACAACAACUCCCAGGAGUUUGACACCGCCAUCAGAGAGAUCAUGAAUACCAAGGUACAGUUAUAUACAUUUAGUUAUGUCUUUCUUGACUCAUUGGUUUCCUUGGCAAUGAAGAAACACACUAUGUUGCAUCUGGGAAGGAUUAUACAACCAUAUAACAUAUAACAGCGCUGAUACUGAAUGGGUACAGCUCGCUCCAUCCAGUAAAUACUGUGCACUUCAAAUGCACCUCUGAAAGCUCCCUAUGGAGAAGCACUAGCUGCAAUGAUUUAACCUAGGACUUAGUGGUGUAUUCAAUGCUAGCCUUAGGAAGCAGUGUGUGCACAGCCAAGGAGUAAUUAGCAGUAAAUGUGGCUUAAUGGAAACCUGCAGUCAGCUUGAGGCUGCAGGGAGUGUGAGAGGUUGAGAGAAGUUGAGUAAGAUGUCAAACAGGCCGAUUGAAAUGCCUCUAUAAAGCUGUGUUGUUUGUGUGUGUGUGUGUGUGUGUGGUGUGUGUGUGUGUGUGCGUGCAUGUGUGUCUGUGUCUGUGUCUCUGAAUGUGCAUGUCUGUGUGUGUAUAGCUGUGUGUCUCUAAAUGUGUGUGUGUUCUCCCCUCUCCACUCUCCUGCUGUCUGCUGUGUCUUGUCAGACAUGCCAUAGCUCAGUGCCCCGGCGCUUACUCUCUGUCUGCCCUGUCUGUCUGUCACUCCACUGAAAGAUGGCUGCCCUGUCUGUCUGUCACUUCCCUGAGACAUGUCUGCACUGUCUGUCUGUCUGUCUGUCUGUCUGUCUGUCUGUCUGUCUGUCUGUCUGUCUGUCUGUCUGUCUGUCUGUCUGUCUGUCUGUCUGUCUGUCUGUCUGUCUGUCUGUCUGUCUGUCUGUCUGUCUGUCUGUCUGUCUGUCUGUCUGUCUGUCUGUCUGUCUGUCACUCCCCUGAGAGAUGUCUGCACUGUCUGUCUGUCUGUCUGUCUGUCUGUCUGUCUGUCUGUCUGUCUGUCUGUCUGUCUGUCUGUCUGUCUGUAUGUCACUCCACUAAAAGUUGGCUGCCCUGUCUGUCUGUCUGACCGUCACUCCAGUGAUAGAUGGCUGAUGGGCCACUUCACCCCUGUGUGUCUGUGGGCUGGCUCUCUGUCCAGGGCGGCUCCACAUGCUCAGCCAUGCAGACCAAAGCAAUCUCUACCGGCUGACACCUCUUCAUGUUCAUAUAAAUCCCUCUCCAUCUAUCUUUCUAUUUCUCUCUCUUGUUCUGUCUCUCUCUUUCUUUCACUCUCCCUCUCUCUCGCUCUCUGCUCUCUUUCCCUCUCUCUCUGUCUGUCUUUCUAUUUCUCUCUCUCGUUCUCUCUUAACGUGACCUGUUGUCUUCAUAUUUAUCCCUCUGUAAUAAAUGGGAGGCAGGGAGGGUGAGACUGUGCCUCUCUCUGCUUAGACCAAAGCAAAUAUUUUGAGGCAUAUUUAUGUGCUAGUUUAUAUAAAUGAUUCAGAAAGUGUUAUGUUUUGUGAUGUGUAACCUUUUCGUAUAUCCUCUCUCUACAUAUUUGCUUUUCUUUAUUUGAAAUUGGAAAAGUCUGAUUUCACAUGCAGUUAAACAUUUUCCGGCUAUGAUUUUGUAUUUAAAAAAUGAUUUACUGAGUGAUGUAUCAUUUACAAGUGAGAUUUAGAACAUUAGAUAUGUGAUCUACUCUUAAAGCUGGAGGGAAUCCAUAAUUAAUAUGAAGUCUGUACGUUCAGGCUCCAUGUAUUCCUAAUGGAAAAGUUUAACAUAACCAUUUGUGUUUAAUCUUGAAAUAUGACAUUGUUACAUUAUCAGAGACACUUGGUUCGAAAGGGAACCAAGUGUCAUACUGUAAGUCAGAAUGUAUUCAGUCACUCAUGCUAAAAAGAAAACACACAAUUCUGGUAUUAUAAGCAAAAUACUUCAACCAACUGAGCCGUUGAAUCCACAUUGUUACAGGGUCCUAAUUAAUUACAAUGGGGGACUAUAAUCUAAGACAAUCUGUUUCCGUUUUCAGAUCAUUUUUGUCAUUUCCAUUUCCAUGUAGAUCAGGAAGUAAAUGUCCAGUUAGUUUAUUGAAUUUAGUUUCAUUUACAGUUUCCAGUCUGUAUGUGGGUGUGUUUUGCCUGUGUUUUAUUUUGAUGAAUUACAGCAAUAUAGCUAUUCUCUAAUCAGACAAAUCAAAGGUGAGCCUUUUGUUGCAUAUUGAACAGCUAUGCAAAUUAAAUCAAAGCCUGAGUGCAUCCCAAAUUACAUCCUAUUCCCUACAUGCCUCCAGAAGGACCCAUAGGGCUCUGGUCAAAAGCAGUGCACUAUGUAGGGAAUAGGCUGCCAAUUUACUUACACACAAGUCACACACUGCAAUUAAGCCAAACCCACUUCAAAAUGGCCACGGUUGCGUCCCAAAUGGCACCCUAUUCUCUAUACAGUAUAGUGCACUACUUUUAACAGAGCUCUAUAGGCCCUGGUCAAAAGUAGUGCACUAUGUAGGGAGUUACGUGCCAUUUGUGACGCAACUCACGUUUAUUUGUUGUGAUUAAUGGGUAGAUUUGGCUUUUUAUUGCAAUUAGGAUGAACGAUGGGGAAACAGGCAAAACAAUAUUUAAAUGAGGAAAAUAUGGUAAUUUAGUGUUUUUAUGCUGAUUGCCUAGCAACGCAUUCUGAGGAAAUGUUCUGAUCUGUGGGAAUUUGUGUGUAUGUGUCUUUGCAGGUCGAGCCAUACCUACCGUAUGAGUACACUUGCGAGGGAAUGCUGGAGAGGGUACACGCCUACAUACAGCAUCAGGUAGAUUCAAAUGGCACACACAUGCACAUCAGUGGGGAAACAGUAUUGAUACACUGCAGAUUUGAGGUUUCCACAAGCUGUAGAGGUCAUGUUUACAGGUAACUCAAUCAGACAAAAAAAACAGAAAUACAUUUUGAUUUAUAUUAUUUGUGUAUGCAUGCUAGUAUUGUCCCUACACCAGUAAGAAUUCUGGCUCUCACAGACCUGUUAGUUUUUCUUUAAGAAGCCCUCCUGUUCUCCACUCAUUACCUGUAUUAACUGCACCUGUUUGAACUCGUUACCUGUAUAAAAGACAUCUGUCCACACACUCAAUCAAACAGACUCCAACCUCUCCACAAUGGCCAAGACCAGAGAGCUGUGUAAGGACAUCAGGGAUAAAAUUGUAGACCUGCACAAGGCUGGGAUGGGCUACAGAACAAUAGGCAAGCAGCUUGGUGAGAAGGCAACAACUGUUGGCGCAAUUAUUAGAAAAUGGAAGAAGUUCAAGAUGACGGUCAAUCACCCUCAGUCUGGGGCUCCAUGCAAGAUCUCCCCUUGUGGGGCAUCAAUGAUCAUGAGGAAGGUGAGGGAUCAGCCCAGAACUACACGGCAGGACCUGGUCAAUGAGCUGAAGAGAGCUGGGACCACAGUCUCAAAGAAAACCAUUAGUAACACACUACGCCGUCAUGGAUUAAAAUCCUGCAGCGCACGCAAGGUCCCCCUGCUCAAGCCAGCGCAUGUCCAGGCCCGUCUGAAGUUUGCCAAUGACCAUCUGGAUGAUCCAGAGGAGGAAUGGGAGAAGGUCAUGUGGUCUGAUGAGACAAAAAUAGAGCUUUUUGGUCUAAACUCCACUCGCCGUGUUUGGAGGAAGAAGAAGGAUGAGUACAACCCCAAGAACACCAUCCCAACCGUGAAGCAUGGAGGUGAAAACAUCAUUCUUUGGGGAUGCUUUUCUGCAAAGGGGACAGGACGGCUGCACCGUAUUGAGGGGAGGAUGGAUUGGGCCAUGUAUCGCAAGAUCUUGGCCAACAACUUCCUUCCCUCAGUAAGAGCAUUGAAGAUGGGUCGUGGCUGGGUCUUCCAGCAUGACAACGACCCGAAACACACAGCCAGGGCAACUAAGGAGUGGCUCCGUAAGAAGCAUCUCAAGGUCCUGGAGUGGCCUAGCCAGUCUCCAGACCUGAACCCAAUAGAAAAUCUUUGGAGGGAGCUGAAAGUCCAUAUUGCCCAGCGACAGCCCCAAAACCUGAAGGAUCUGGAGAAGGUUUGUAUGGAGGAGUGGGCCAAAAUCCCUGCUGCAGUGUGUGCAAACCUGGUCAAGACCUACAGGAAACAUAUGAUCUCUGUAAUUGCAAACAAAGGUUUCUGUACCAAAUAUUAAGUUCUGCUUUUCUGAUGUAUCAAAUACUUAUGUCAUGCAAUAAAAUGCAAAUUAAUUACUUAAAAAUCAUACAAUGUGAUUUUCUGGAUUUUUGUUUUAGAUUCCGUCUCUCACAGUUGAAGUGUACCUAUGAUAAAAAGUACAGACCUCUACAUGCUUUGUAAGUAGGAAAACCUGCAAAAUCGGCAGUGUAUCAAAUACUUGUUCUCCCCACUGUACAUGCAGGCACUCAACCGUGUCUGUUUUUCCCAAAACAUAUUAUCAUAAGGUCUUCCUCCCAUGCUACCUUCCUACCACACACUCACUCACUCACUCACUCACUCACCUCCUACCACUCACCUCCUACCACUCACCUCAACCUGGAGAGGUAACUAGACCAGGGUUUCCCAAACCCGGUCCUGGACCCCCCACCCACAUUUUGUUUUCGCCCUAGCACUACACAGCUGAUUCAAAUAAUCAAAGCAUGAUGAUGAGUUCGUCAUUUGAAUCAGCUGUGAAGUGCUAGGGCAAAUCCCAAAACGUGUACCCGGGGGUUUAGGAAACCCUGGACUAGUAGACACCACUCCAGCCUUAGGAUGGAUGGAAGGAUGAGGGGACGGGGGAUGGAUGAGAGGACUUGAGGAGAGAGGAAUGGGGCACCCGGAUCAAUCAUUCAGAAUAAUCCCCAAACUCAACUCAAUUGUUGAUCUGUGAUCUAGACUGGCUGUUACAGAAUCACUGACACAUCUCCACACAUCUCAGACCUUGGAAACCACUGCUACCUCCAUCUCCUAUUGGGUGGCAGACAGAGACUGAACUGAAUUGUCACUAUCAGACUGAACUGAUAUUUCUGCUCUAAUCUGUUUAAUGUGUCUGAACAAUGCUAUCAGAACUGCUAUUAAAAUGGUCUGGCUGACUUGAUAGACCGAUAUGUCAAAUCGGUUCUCUUUCAUGUUUAAAACGAGUUAUCUCUCUGGUGCUGUUGGACCCAGAUGAGUUUUGUCAGGGAAUAGGUAAAGGAUUGAUGGGAGAUUAUUUAGAGUGAUGUGCAGUAUAGGGGAGGUUAGAGAAACGGCUGUUUAUUUGUAUUUGUGUCACACGAUGCCCUGAAGUGUUUGGAAAUGUAGAUUUAUUUACAGCUAAAGGCAAAAGUGUCAGCGGGCUUUGAUUAAUGUUGGCUUUCAUGUGUGUAUAGUGCAGUGGAGGCUGCUGAGGGGAGGACGGCACAUAAUAAUGGCUGGAACGGAGCAAAUGGAAUGGCAUCGGACACAUGACAACCAUGUAUUUGAUACCAUUCCACCCAUUCAGCUCCAGCUAUUACCACGAGCCUGUCCUCCCCAAUUAAGGUGCCACCAACCUCCUGUGGUAUAGUGUGGAAGUGACCAUGUGUGCAUGUGGGUGUGCGUAUCUACUUGGUGUCUGUGUGUGCGUUUGCACUGUCAAAAAGAAUACCACAUGCUGUAUAAUGUAAUCUCGGCACCCAGAAACAAAUAGGCACUACCUAUGUGUUGUGUUGUUCAACAUCCCCUUCCCCUCUCUCUCCUCUCCCUCCAUCCCUCCAGGACUUCUGCACCCCCGAGGCCCCCUUCCCUCCGGCCAACUCCUCCUCCUCCAAGCUGGGGUCUAGUAGUCCGGCUAGCCCUGGGCCUCAAUUUGUCCUGCUGCCCAACUCCAGUGCCCUAACCUGGGCCCCCAACACCAGCGCCCCCACUGCCUGGCCCCCUCUCAGCUCCCUGAGGCUGCUGGCAUCCCAGGAGGGCAAGUCAUGUGUGGAGGCGUGCCAGCGUGCCAACCUGGUGUGUGAGCCCGCGCUGUUCCGCUUCGUCAAUAAUAAGGAGGCCCUCCGUGGGUGAGUGGCACCUUGGCACACAUGAAGCCGUGCUCAUGCACACACACACACACACACAUUGGACAUAUGUUUCAAACAGCUAGACACACAUAUACACACAUUCGAAACACACAAUCACUACAUGUCACUAACAAUCAUACAAACACGUACAAUGCUCUCUGUUCUCUCAAAUGGUACCAUAUGGUGGUUAGUUCCCUAAGGGAUGUCUGUGGUUGUAAUAAUCAAACAGCUAUAGCAAGGAUGUCAGGUUCAAAGUCUUCUCAGUGAUGUAAGGUGUCUUGUCGGUGAGAUCUAUAGUGACAGCAGAAGCUGAUAAGAGUGUCAUAGCAAUGCCAACUCAUCUUACUGUCUUCCUCCUCUUUUAUCGUUCCCUUUCUCCUUGAAUUUCUCUUCAUCACCCCUCCUGCUCGACAUAUAACUGUUUUACUUCAUGCCUGUCUCUCUGUGUCUCUCUCUGUGUGUGUCUCUCUGUGUCUCUCUCUGUGUGUGUCUCUCUCUGUGUGUCUCUCUGCGUGUGUGUCUCUCUCUGAGUCUCUCUCUGUGUCCUCUGUGUGUCUCUCUGUCUCUUGUGUGUGUCUCUCUCUUGUGUCUCUCUCUGUGUUCUCUCUGGUCUCUCUGUGUUCUCUCUUGUGUCUCUCUGUCUCUCUCUGUGUCUCUCUCUGUGUGUGUCUCUCUCUGUGGUCUCUCUCUGUGUUCUCUCCUCCUGUGUUCUCUCUCUGUGUGUGUCUCUCUCUGUGUGUGUCUCUCUUGUGUGUCUCUUCUGUGUCUCUCUUCUGUGUCUCUCUCUGUUCUCUCUUUGUGUCUCUCUCUGUUUCUGUCCUCUCUGGGUUGUCUCUCUCUGUGUCUCUCUCUGUGUCUCUCUCUGUGUGUCUCUCUCUGUGUCUCUCUCUCUCUCUCUCUCUGCUCGUCCUCUCUUGUCUCUCUCUCUUCUCUCUCUCUCUCUCUGUGUCUCUCUCUCUUGUCUCUCUCUCUCUCUUCUCUCUCCUCCUCUCCUGCUCCUGUGUCUCUCGGUCUCUCUCUCUCUUGCUCUCCUCCUUCUCUCUUCUCUCUCUUCUCUCUCUCCUUUUUCUCCCUUGUCUCCUCCUGGUUUCUCCUCCUCUGCUUCCCUCUUUUUCCUCCCUUCCCCUCUACCACUCUCUCCUUCUACUCUUUCUCUCUGUAUUGCUCAUAUGAUAUCAACCUCUAUGCAUCACCCCAUCUCCCUCCCUCCAUCAAACAGGUUAGAGGUGCAGUGUGAGGUGGUGGAGGCGGAGGUCAACCACGUGUUCCCGGCCUUCUCCGUCCUACGCCGGGAGUGCGGCCUCCAGAAGGACCCCCUCCUCUACAGCUGCGCCGGCCACAGCCCCAAGUACCGCCGCCUCUGCCCCUGCCGGGACUACCGCCGCGGCCAGGUUGCUCUCUGCCGAGACUGCUUAUGA